AUGCGUCAGUCCCAGGGUCAGUGUGACGCUGUGUACGUCAGGUCCCAGGGUCAGUGUGACGCUGUGUACGUCAGUCCCAGGGUCAGCGUGACGCUGUUAUCUGCAAGUCCACAUUUCCACCAUGUUGAUAAAGACGACAUUGUGUCGGCCUGUAAGACUUAUUAUGAGACGGUUCGCAGGAGCCAUCAAAAUGUCAAGCCAGAAAACUCAUUGAGGGCGGAUGUGGCGAAGAGUUCAGCUCAGAGUCGAGCGAGAAGAGGCCGCUGGAAUCGAGACUGA